AUGUUCAAUGUCAAUGAUGAAGUUGCCGUCAUUAAAUCCAAAUUCAUCGAAAGGAUAAUGGGUCUGCUGAACCGCAACGAUUUGCUCAUUCUAGUAUCAGCCGGCAAAGUCCAAAUCUCCAGAAAGAGAUCGACGGAUAUGGCUGUUGGCUUCAUCGCACAUGAUCACAUACAAUGCGAACAAAGAUGUUGUCUUUCCGUCCGGCAUCUCGACGUCCACCGAAGCUUCGCUACCACUUCGGUGGACUUCUGUUACGGCCGAAAAGAAUUCAACAGUACUUUAGUGUUGAGGAGCGUUCUAAGUGGCGGGGCGCGAUCCCCCCACACCACAAUAUCGAUAGGCCCACAGCAGAAGACCCGGCGUUGUUUACUCAAAGAUCUGAUGGCACCUAAAUUUCUUCACAAUGUCGCAGCCCCAAAUAUAUACGGAAGCACAACCCUGCCUCUCGAUCUCUGGAAGAAGGAGGCAGAAUUUGCUGACAGAAAGCCUUUUCUAGCAGAGCACGACAUCUUCUACGCCGCCCUUGACGCAGUGCUGGAUUUCGUAUCUCGGAUUUGGUAG